CAAUAACUGCCCGGCCUCAUCAUCUAUAUGCCACCUAAGACUUGGAAUUGACAUAUCUGAUUUUUGGGAUCUCUUCGUUUGUCUGUCGUUUUCCAGAUAAUUAAGCACAAAAAUGGCAGGAUCAGGAACUGUUUUCGCUUCUGCUCUGGAAGGGAUGAACCACGUUAAAUCCGACUCCGGCGAGAUGCUUGCCAAGCCUUUCUUGGAUGUCUGCAACCACUUGCUGCCUGUUUUAGAUAAGUUUGGAGCUGCCUGCGCACCUGUGAAAUCUGAUAUUGGUAAUAACAUAUCGAGGUUGGAUUCUAAGUAUUCGUCGAGCCCGUCAGAGUUUAACCUCUUGUACAGCAUAGUUCGAGUUGAGAUUGAAGCGAAAACUGCGAAAUGCUCAUCUAGUUGCACAAAUGCUCUACUCUGGCUAACAAGGGCUAUGGAUUACUUGGUGGAGCUGUUUCGCAAUCUGCAUGAUAAUCCGGACUGGCCAAUGUCGAAGGCUUGUAACGAAGCGUACGGCAAGACGCUGAAGAAAUGGCACAACUGGCUGGCUAGCUCAAGUUUUAGUGUUGGGAUUAAGCUUGCUCCGGAGAGGAAGAAAUUCAUGGACAUAUUAGGUGGUGAAACUCCUGAAUUAAACUCUGAUAUGGGGAAAUUCUGCAGGAACUUCUCUCCGCUCCUCGAAGAAAAUCAUAAGUUCUUGGACUCUGUUGGAUUGGACAGUUUGAAAGCUUGAUGCAUGUUCUAAAUGAAUGUUGAUUAUAUGUUGUAUGUGUAAUUUAUGUACGAAAAAAUUGCAUUUGCAUUCUUUGUAAGCCUUGCUUACUGUGCUACCAAAUACAGCGUUGCAAAGGAUUUGUAACUAACGUGGCUAAAAUUAUUUAUUCUUGUAA